GGGUGUGGCGUGAGCUGAACGUUGUGAGAACUGUAGUAGAACGAAAAAAAAAAAUAAUAUAGGGAACGACACUUCGAAAAGCUGGCUGUGCUCGCUUCAGAGAUUUGGAAUAAGAGGGAUCAAGUGGAUUUCUGAUACUGCUCAAUUGAUGGGAGUAUUAACCAAUUUGCUUGCUACAUAACUUGGCUACAAAGUGGAAAACUCAACACAGGUCAGUGGACGUUGGACAUUCGGAACGUGGAACAUUUCUUCCAGCACGAUUUUAUGUGCGUGCCUGUGGAUGAAGCUGCAAUUUAACUAGCUAGAUUUUUUUUUUCUCCAAAAUACGUAUUUUUCCAAGGGGGAAGUUGCAGAAGGCUGUAGUAGUUCAGAACCGCAAGUGACUUGAGGAAACAAUCUCUCGAAUUGAUAUUUUCAUUAUUUAAGAAAUAACCACAUCAAAACCAGCCCUGAAGCGCGCACUUGGAACCAUGGGGUGUACAGUAAGUCAGGAAGACAAAGCAGCCGCCGAAAGAUCCAAGAUGAUUGAUAAAAAUCUUCGAGAGGAUGGAGAGAAGGCUGCGAGGGAGGUGAAACUGUUGUUGUUAGGUGCGGGUGAGUCGGGGAAGAGCACCAUUGUGAAGCAGAUGAAAAUCAUCCAUGAAGAUGGCUACUCAGAAGAGGAGUGUAAACAGUACAGAGCAGUUGUGUACAGCAACACCAUCCAGUCAAUCAUGGCCAUCAUCAAGGCCAUGGCCAACCUGAAGAUCGAGUAUGAGGAGACCUCCAGAUCGGACGAUGCCCGGCAGCUCUUCGCCCUGUCUUCAGGUGCCGAGGAGCAGGGCGCGCUGCCCGACGACCUGGCCAAGGUUAUCCACCGGCUGUGGGCCGACAACGGGGUCCAAGGCUGCUUCACACGCGCCCGAGAGUACCAGCUCAACGACUCCGCGGCUUAUUAUCUGAAUGACCUGGACAGGAUAUCUAAGCCAGAUUACAUCCCCACCCAGCAGGAUGUGCUGCGCACCCGGGUCAAGACCACUGGUAUUGUGGAGACACACUUCACCUUCAAGGCCCUGCAUUUCAAGAUGUUUGACGUGGGCGGCCAGCGCUCGGAGAGGAAGAAGUGGAUCCACUGCUUUGAGGGCGUGACCGCCAUCAUCUUCUGCGUUGCCCUGAGUGCCUAUGACCUGGUCCUGGCAGAGGACGAAGAGAUGAACCGCAUGCACGAGAGCAUGAAGCUCUUUGACAGCAUCUGCAACAACAAGUGGUUCACUGAAACCUCCAUUAUCCUGUUCCUCAACAAGAAGGACCUGUUUGAGGAGAAGAUCACCCACAGCCCUCUGUCCAUCUGCUUCCCAGAGUACUCAGGGCCCAAUAAGUAUGACGAGGCAGCGGGAUACAUCCAGACCAAGUUUGAAGACCUGAACAAGAAGAAGGACACAAAAGAGAUCUACACCCACUUCACCUGCGCCACCGACACCAAGAACGUGCAGUUUGUCUUCGACGCCGUCACCGACGUCAUCAUCAAGAACAACCUGAAGGACUGUGGCCUGUUCUAGAGGAGGUGACAAACACAAGGAUUACUUGAACAGUUUUGAUGACGGAAGGAGGGUGGACACGUGGUGACUAACUGCACUGGCCACAAUUAUUCCUGCUUUUAUCUGCAUUUAUAAAGGAAACUAAGACACUGAACGCGGAAAAGCCUUGCAGAAUUUCAACAAUCGAUUGCUGAUUCCCUGACUGCCGUGUCUUCUCCCUCUCUCCAUUAGUGUUUUUCCAUUGUGUGUUUCAUAUUUAAUUUUUAAGGGGGGAUGGGGGAUGGGGGGGUCAUAGUUUCAUCUUUUUUGUUAUCUCUUUGGACGAUGACCACAAAUCAACAAUUUAUUUUAUUCUCUUAUUUUUUUUUUUUAUUCCUUAUUUUUUGAUUAUUAGCAGAGGCAAAAAAAAAAACAAAAAAAACUUUUAUACAAAUGCGUUCAUUUUACUUUUCAAAAUCUGAUGUGCAAAUUUUAUGAAAAUUUUAAUUGCAUAAAGCUUCUUUCUUACAUAAUAAAAAAACAAGCUUUGGCACGAUUAAUGAAAUGGAGUUGAAAGGAAAGUGCUUUUUUAUAACGUUUACAUGAAUUCCUCAUUCUUCAAACUGCAUAUUGUCCUGCAUGACUGAUCAUACUCUAGGUGAAAAUAUUAGCUCUGUAAUCUGCACAGAACAGCAUAACAUUCCUUUUAAAAAGAGAGAAAAAAAAAACAGAAAAAAAAAAUUAAGUAAAAUAAAAAAUUUUAAUAAAAAAGCUUCACAGCAGGGAAAGAAAGACCAGAUUUGAACUGAUAUUUAAAUAUGUAUCUAACAUUCUUUGCUUUUUUUAUCAUUUCAUUCCGUGUCUUUUGCAGUAAUGUUUGUGCCUUGACUUCUGUUUACAUCUUGACUUCGAUUUGCUUUAUCAGUAGUUUACUUAGGCCUAAUUUUUCAUUUUCUUCACAUGAAUGAUACAAAGUUUAAAUAGUUAUUAAGGAGAGACAAAUCUAACAGGCAAAAUGGGUAGUCUUUUCGUAAAGAUUAAAAUGCUUUAAAGGUCAUAUAAUGAUUUAAUUUAAAUAAAAAUUAAGUCGCUAGAAA